GUGGUGACGAAAGUUCUGGAGAAUGGCCAGCUUUACGUGGAUUUGGGAUGGCAAACGCCCGUACGCCCAACACAUGCAGCUUCCAGUUGCCGGCCUACUGGCGCAGUGCCAGCUCUGCCGAAACCUGGGGGCAGAUCUCAGCUCGCACCGGCUACUACUUCGCCACGGCUGAUGCAAGGCCCCAGCCCCAGCACAGAGCCGGGCACUGCUCUGCGAAGAGCAGCUGCCGGAGAUUCCUCGAAG